CCUCCUUCUGCUUCCAGCCUCAAGCUCCAGCUCCAGCUCCAGCUCCAGCUCCAGCUCCUCCUGACAUCUGAGAGGCUCUGCUGCACAUUUAUCCCGGCCUUAACUCUUUAUCCUGUACAGCCUGGCAACUGGCCGCACGCUCCGGAUUACCACACAAACUCUCACUCAUUUUGUUUUUUUCAAGGAGAAAAGGUUUUUUUUGGGUGGGGGUUUGUGUCAGAAAGAGGAGAAAAAGAGAAGCAUCCUGGAUAUGAGAAUUGUGAUUGUUUUGUUUUAUUAAGUUUCACUUGCCCUUCUCACCUUUUCCUGGAGGGCCGUGUGUGUGUAUGUGUGUGUGUGUGAUGGAUCACACUCUGUUCGGUUGUCUGCGGAGCCCCCACGCUCCCGCGCAGACCCUGCACCCCGCUUUCACCCAGUCGGCCCUGACCCUGCAUGGACGCUCGGACCACGUCUCCUACCCCGACCUGGCCUCGUCCUCGUCCUCGUCCUCCACCUCCUCGCCGGCGCCAUGCAUCAUCUCCAGCUACCCGGCCGAUGACAGCCUCUUCCCCGGGCAGCACCACCUCCACCACCACCACCACCACCACCCUCACCACCACCACCCUCACCCACACCCUCACCCUCACCCACACCCUCACCCUCACCCUCACCCUCACCGCGGCCACCUCCCCUCCGAGCAGCAUCACCCCCCGCCUCAGCACCACGCGUCCUGGCACGUCCCUCAGAUGCCGUCGCCCGGUGGUGGCACCGCGCGCCAGAGUCUGUGCCACCCGCCACACUCGGCCCACGAUGGUGGGCCCGCACCCCCGGACCUGGGCCACACGGGUGGGCCCAGUAUGUGCGCCAGCACCCCCACUCUGGGCAGUGGCAGCGCCCCCACAGGUGCGUCCUGUGCACCUGCAGACUUUGGCAGACAGACUCUGUCACCUGCCGAGGCCGAGAAGAGGAACGGCAAGAGGAAAAGUGACACUUCAGAGUCCCAGGACGGGAAUUACAAGACAGACGUGAGCAGCAAACCCAGGAAAGAGAGGACAGCGUUCACCAAGGAGCAGAUCCGCGAGCUGGAGGCCGAGUUCGCUCACCACAACUACCUGACCAGACUAAGACGCUACGAGAUCGCCGUCAAUCUGGACCUCACCGAGAGACAAAGGGUCACGGGGGGUGCUGUGCCAAUCUCAGCUACAUCGGGCGAUAGGCGGGGUACACCCUGGACAGUUCGCCAGUCCAUCUGUGGGACUGUUGGAGGAAGCCGGAGAACCUGGAGAAAACCCACACACACACGGGGAGAACAUGCAAGAAAGGCAGAAAGGCCCUUGUUCCAACCAGUGCUCCAACUUGGGUCUUCUCGCUGCAAGGUGAAGGUGUGGUUCCAGAACAGGAGGAUGAAGUGGAAGCGAGUUAAGGGCGGCCAGCAGGGGGCAGCAGCCCGGGAGAAAGAACUGGUGAACGUGAAAAAAGGCACUUUGCUGCCGUCAGAGUUCUCUGGCAUCGCGGCACUCCACCACUCCACAGACUCGUUAGCCAACGAGGACAGUCACGACAGCGACCAGAGCUCUGAGCACGCCCACUUAUGAUGCACGCGCACGCACACACACACGCACACACACACACUCUGAGUACUGGUGCUGCCUCUGCAGAAGGACUGCUGUUUGCUGAUGUGUCAUCGUCAUACAACGAUGCAAAAUAAUUGUACAGAGACGAAUGACGCAUGUUUUUUUUGAAGAAUAAUGCAGUCAUCAUAAAGGCAACAUGUAUGUUUGAAGAAAUUAGCACAUUAAAGCAAGAUGGGGAACUGGUUACAAAAAAACUGCCAAAAAUCUGAAUAUUAUAAUUAGUGCUGUCACAAUUUUAACAUUUAUUUCAAAUAUGAUAGAUUGCAACCUUUUUGCAAACUAAUUAUUAUUAUUAUUAUACUAGGAACCUUCCUAGAAAAAGGAGCAAUGGAGGUUGGCUGAGGUUACUCACUACAGCCCUUAUCCUGUUGGGAUUUGAACCAGUGACCCUCAGGUUAUAAGCACAUUUCUCUUUUCACUUGGCCACAGGCUGACAAUUGUGUUGAAUAUAUGACUUCAGGGUAAAACACACACAUUCCAGACUCGUACGUCUGUGAUACAGGAGUGUGUUAGCUGUGGACCAAACACAAACACACGUAAGAUAAGCUAAGCUAACUCAUAUCUUGGCUAACUGGACUGAGGAAAUCAAUCAAAUAGCAUCAGGAGAAACAUGUUAAACUCUACCUUUG